CACUCGGGAGUAUGGGCUUUAAUCGUGCUUGUGAAGACGUGUAGGUGAAGCAGGCGUAUUGUGAAGGUGCACGUUUGCGGUUGUGUGUGUAGCUGCCUUUAUAGCCGUAUGCACGGGUGCUUUGACAGCUCAUCUAAUACUGAUGCUGUUAGCUCUCUGCUAACUAACUAGCAGCCGGCCUGCGCAGGGACCUCACAGUUUCCUGGGACGAGGGAUCCUGUAGGUGGCGAGGAAGGUUAAAAAAACACCCCCGAAAACGACCGAUUCUGCCAGGUCUGCUGUAUAAAGGUUGUCUACCACAUGAAGCCCAAUGGAAAGUUUUCGUUUUCGGUUUUGAUAAUUUUUUUUUUGUACAGAACUUGUUUUCUUUUUUUCUAUAUAUCCCCCAAUGUCAAAGUACCGAUGUGCAGCCCGUCGUGGUAGCAACUUCGGCACUAUCGGGCGUUAAAGAGUGCAGCUAGCGCCGCUGAGGUGUUAAUGUCCCCCUGCAGAAAAUCAAACGCGAGUAGCUGUAACAUCCCCCCCGGGGGCUCAGCAGACGUGCCGGCUUGCCUUUGACUUUUUGUCGCCGUUGUCACCCAUGUCAUUGUUCCCCGCAUUCACGGUUUGACUUGGCGGCGUUUGUUUCGUUUCGACUCCAGUCAACCUUGAGUCUUUAGUUCGCCAAACCUCCGAGGAAAUACCCCCAUGCCGGUGAUGGUUGACCAGCCGCCGGCUUUUCGCUGAAGGGUAAUAAGUCAAGCUAGUUUAAGUUUGUUGGCGGGACCGUUGUCACGGUAAUGUCGACGGAUGUUCGUUUUUAGCUGCCAGAUAUUUCGGGUGACAGCGCUUUACGCGACUGCAGCUCGGCAGCCUUUCACAACGUCCCCGUCCGACUGACUGGUUAUUAAUCCCAAAAGCCUCAUACGCUGAUUGGAAUAGCGGACUUUCUUGGUCUUAAACUGUGUUUUUUAACCGGGCUAUCUAAGAUGAGCAGGCUGAUGCUGGUGGCGCUGACGUUAGCGGUGGAGAGUAUCGACAGGCGGCCGGCGAGCGAUAAAUCGAGCACUUAAAAUCCACCUUGGGAGGGGGGGUGUGGGGGGAAAUAAACAUUUACACAAGCGAAACAAUGAAAUACUUUUCAUUGUUUUAUACACUUUUCUAUUCGUGCAUACGUAAUUAGUUAAUACUGGACACGUGGCAAAAUGUCUUAAUAGGACUUCUGUUGAGCCAAAGACGGGAUGUCUUUGUGCGAGGAUACUGUAAGCAGGAAGCUCUUUGUGGGUGGCUUGGACUGGAGUACCACACAGGAGACAUUACGGAACUAUUUCUCUCAGUAUGGGGAAGUAGUUGACUGUGUCAUAAUGAAAGACAAAACUACAAAUCAGUCACGGGGUUUCGGGUUUGUCAAGUUUAAGGACCCAAACUGCGUGCGGACCGUGCUGGAGACGAAGCCUCAUAACCUGGAUGGCAGAAACAUUGACCCAAAGCCAUGCACCCCCCGAGGAAUGCAACCCGAAAAGACGCGCUCAAAGGACGGCUGGAAAGGUAGCAAAGCUGACAGCAAUAAAUCUAAGAAAAUCUUUGUGGGUGGAAUUCCUCACAACUGUGGUGAACCUGAACUCAGGGACUAUUUCAGUAGAUUUGGAGUGGUUACAGAAGUAGUAAUGAUCUAUGACGCGGAGAAACAAAGACCUCGAGGUUUUGGAUUUAUUACUUUCGAGGCCGAACAAUCAGUGGACCAGGCUGUCAACAUGCAUUUUCACGACAUCAUGGGCAAAAAAGUUGAGGUGAAGAAGGCUGAACCUCGUGACAGCAAAGUCCCUGGCCUUGGACAGCCUGGAGCUGGCCAAUGGGGGCCCAGGGGUAUCCUAACCACAGCCAAUGGCUGGGCGGCCCAGCCGGCCCAGGGCUGGCAGCAGAGUUAUGGGCCUCAGGGAGUUUGGGUGUCCACGGGCCAGCCGAUUGGUGGCUACGCUCCGCCGCUCCCCACCGGUCGAGGGGCCCCUGCACAGCCUCCUUCCCCAUUCAACGCAUUCCUGGUGACGGCGACGCCCGCGGGGGGCUUUGGGGCACCGCAGGGAUACCCCCAGCAGGGGUAUGGCACCCCACCUCAGUUUGGGUACAGUUUUGGUGCGCCUCAAGGUGACCAGUUUGCCCCUCAAGGAGUCCCGCCCCCCCCAACCACCCCAGUGGCCGGCCCUCUGGGGUUUGCCCCCACCAGCACCCCAACUCAGGACCUGAGCAAAGCCCCAGCGGGGCAGCCUGACUUCCCGUACAGUCAGUAUGGCCUGGGUCACUAUCCUCAGGACCCCUCUGCCUACGGACCAACGCGUCCUUCUCACAGUUAUGGUCAGGAUGAGCAGGGAUAUAGUGCAGGCUAUGGCCAGGACCUGAGUGGGUUUGGACAGAGCUUCACUGACCCCAGCCAGCCAACAGCCUCAUACGGGGCACCUUCAGCACAACCCUCAGCGGGUCCCCCGUCCACGGCCAGCAGCUUCGGCCGAGGGCAGAAUCACAACGUUCAGGGCUUCCAUCCUUAUCGACGCUGAGUGCGCAUGGUGUCGCAACACAAGGUAUAAAUGUCAGGGAAAUAUACUAUAUGUAAGGUGACUGUGCGUUCUGUUCACAGAUAAAUCUGGAUUUAGGUGUUUCUCUGAAUGCUCACACAGAUAAAACUGGAUUUCGGUGUGUUUCUCUGAAUGCUCACACUGGCAAAAACACUUAAGUUCAGGGUGUUUCCUUUUUUUUAAUCACAAAUUGAUGUUAAUGAACAUAAUUUUGAAAAUGACAAAAAAGAAAAUGUUUGUUGGUCUUUUCCAAAAUGUUCAUGGAAGACCGAACUCUUUUGCAAUGGAUUUUUGACUGUCUGGUCAAACUUCAGCACAGAAAGGAUGUACCAGAUAUAAGAAUGACAACAGGGUAUCAUGGCUCUUUGCAGCUUUAAUUAUAGAAAGAAAAGAGGAGAAUAACUUAAGCUUUUGUUUUUCAUUUGUGAAUUUAUUUACAUCCAGACCUAUUCAAGAAAAUAUAAAUAUAAAUAUAUAUUAUAAAUGAACUGUGCAAUUUUUUAAGCGAAUUUUGUACUAUGAAAUGUAUGCUUUUUUUUUUUAUUUAUUUAAAGAUGUAGACUUUCCUCAGGUGGCUGUUUAAGUGCAUUUGUCACUUUUACAAAUAGAUAUUAAAAGGAACCCCCUUUUUAAAAUAAAAAAGUUUUAAAAUA